AUACAAUAAUGUUGUAGACGGCUUGACAAAUGGCAGCGCAGCGGAUAUCGGAGGCUUCGUCUCGUAAGCGGAUUCUGCGAGAGUCUGUGUGUUGUGGAGAGAAGGGAAAAACUAUUACGAAAACAAAGGUGGGAAAGAAAAAUAUGAUACGAGGAAAAGAACCGUGAAUUGCACUUGAAGUGGGAUGGAGCUGGAAAACAAUGGAGACGGGAGAAUGAGAUGGAGCUGGGUUUCUGUCAUUAUUUCCACGGCUAAUGGCGGCCCAAGGCUCCCCAGGGCUCCCUAGGCCUCCCUAGCCCACUGCCUGCGGUAGGUACCAGGUACUGUACAAUGUACAGCGUACUGUACCAGGAACCUUCCACCUGGCUCGGAGGCUUAGGGAGGCUUGGGAUGCUUCUCUGUCGCUGGCACUGGCACUGGCACUGGCACCGGCACCUAAAAUGUACCGUUGUAGAGGAGCACACCUCCAAACCCCCAACCGGGCGCCCUUCAGUUAUGGCUCGUGACGUGGGUGUCCACAGGGGGAGAUUCCCACAGCCUGGAGGACACAUUGUUACCUAGGUAGUUAAGAGUGCCUUAUUUUUUAGGGGUGACAGGCCCGGUAACAGGCGAGAAGGAGGCCUCUUGUGUUCUGCUUGACUUCGGCCUAGCCCUACAACUCAGGCUUAGGACAGUCCCCGCAGGCGAGCAACGGGGCUUAGCAACUUUUGACGCUAGAAACCGCAGUACCAGAACUUCCCGGGACCAGCCUGACGGAGGCACCGUGGAGGUCAGGUCAUUUUCAUUGGCAUUUAUUGGCUGCUCGAGCCACUGGCAGCCACUGAACCAGCCCAAAGCGUCGCUAUAACUUGACCCUGCGAACAUCGGCUGCGGUCACCUGCACACUUCUUUAUAUUCCCACUGCACUCCUACCACCACAUUGUAAAUAUACCGACAACUUGACCAUAGCAACUCUUGUACUGCCUUAGGUACUGUCAUUUCUGUGCAUGUCAGAGCCUCAGCACCCUCCAACAACAACCUGAUCUGCGGUCCGAACUCUGUCCCGUCAUAUAUGUUCUUGCAAACCUCUCACAGCGAACCAACCCUUCCAUGUCGUCGCCCGCUUCCAGGCCAUUGGAGAUCCGGUCAACCAGUCGAGGCCAUUCUCCGGCAGCAGCGUCUCCCCAUGCCUCGUCUCACCACUCAAGACAUGCAUCGAUAGCCCGAUUGUCCUCCCCGGUCCCCUCUCAUCGCCUUACCACUCCUCCCGUUCCUCAAGUUCCCGUUCCUCAACAAGUGGCCGCCGACCACAACGGCAACUCGACACUGCCCAAACUUGACAGCGCUGGUUCUCUACCGGGGCCGGGGCAGUCUGCUCUUUCUUCAGCUCUCGCCGACCAGUCUGGCCAGAAAACUCCCACCCGAGUCAAAACUCCUACGCCUUCAAUCGAUUCGACUCCAAAGCCGCCGUCAACAACGCUCAGAGGAGGUUUGGGAAGUCAUGACAGAAUACCAAGAAGUAACUACGGAUCUUUCGAGCCUCCAGUGAUGGCAGGGAGUCCGGCUCCUACGGAGGAUCCAGAAGUGGUGAAACGACAUCUGGUGCAGCCAGAUCAAGGGUCAGGGCGGAAUGCGGGUUCCAUACGCCUGGAUCUGAACGAACCGGGCACUGGUCUAGGUCCCGACGAAUUUUCGAGUCUACGUUUGCAGGGAGGAGAUAUGACACGGGCCAUCUACCGUUGGGCCGAAGAUCAGACCGGGAACGCUCCAGGCCGUACGCAGAGGAGCAAGAGUUUCUUUGUUCCGCGACCGGAGCCCGAGGCUGAAGAUAUCCAGAAUAUCCGUGUACCAGGUGGAUUCCGUCGCAAUUACAUACGACGUGCUGUACAGAAUCCUGGUAGUACAGCUGGAGGCUCGGAUGCUGAAGCAGCUGAGGGACACCGUGGUAGGACACGCUCCGCUGGGACAACCCAGCCCAAGUUCUUCACCAACAACUUCUUGGAGUUUCUCACGCUGUACGGACACUUUGCUGGUGAAGAUCUGGAAGAGGAUGACGAGGCUCUGGGGCCGGACGAAUAUUUCUCCUCCGAUGCCUGGGAUGAAGGCAGUGAUCAAGAACCCGGCGAGGACAGCGCUCUGCUCGCCGGCAGCACACACACUCUCCGCAAGAGGAAGCAUAAAGAAAGGCCGCCAACAGGCAACAACAGCAGCAUGAAUGCCGCAUUGCUUUUGCUCAAGUCGUUUGUUGGUACAGGAGUCCUGUUUCUGCCGCGAGCAUUCCUAAACGGCGGCAUGUUGUUUUCCUCGCUCGUCCUCAUUGGCGUGGCUGCUCUCAGUUUUCAUUGCUUCAUUCUUCUGACCAACACCCGUAACAAAGUCGAGGCCUCCUUUGGUGAGAUGGGCGGCAUUUUAUACGGCAAGUGGUUGCGGACGCUGAUCCUCUUUUCGAUUGUGCUCAGUCAGAUCGGCUUUGUGUCAGCUUACAUUGUCUUCACCGCGGAGAAUCUACAAGCGUUUGUGUUGGCUGUUUCCAAAUGCAAGAGUUUCAUCGAUAUCAAGUUCAUGGUCAUGAUGCAACUAGUCAUCUUCUUACCUUUGAGCUUGAUCCGGGAUAUCAGCAAGCUUGGCUUCACCGCUCUAAUUGCAGACGCCUUCAUCAUGCUGGGGCUGCUUUACCUGUACUAUUACGACAUUUCGGAAAUUGUGUACCAAGGAGGCGUUGCCGACAUUACCCUGUUCAAUCCAUCUAGUUGGACACUGUUUAUCGGCACGGCGAUCUUCACCUUCGAAGGCGUCGGUCUGAUCAUCCCGAUCCAGGAGUCGAUGAGAAAGCCGGAAAAGUUCCCUGGGGUGUUGGGCAUCGUCAUGAUUGCCAUGACCAUUCUUUUCACGUCGAUUGGGGCAAUGUCGUAUGCGGCGUAUGGAUCCAAGACCAAGACCGUGGUCAUCCUGAACUUGCCGCAGGACAACAAGGUUGUCAACGCCGUUCAAUUCCUGUACUCGCUUGCCAUCCUGCUCAGUACUCCGCUACAGCUUUUUCCGGCCGUGAGGAUCAUGGAGAACGAGCUCUUCAGCCGUUCCGGCAAGUACAACCCCUGGAUCAAAUGGCAGAAGAACGUCUUCCGCUUCUGCUUGGUCUGUGUGUGCGCCCUCAUCGCCUGGGGCGGAGCCGGCGACCUCGACAAGUUCGUCGCGCUGGUCGGAAGUUUCGCCUGCGUGCCGCUCGUCUACGUGUACCCGCCGAUGCUUCAUUUAAAGGCCGUUGCCAAAGGCCCGUGGCAGCGUGGAUUGGAUUACGUCGUCUGCGUUUUUGGGUUUGUCGGCUGUGUCUAUACCACCGUCUUGACCGUGCAGCAAUGGGCCGCCGGUGGAUCUACCAAGACCCCUGGAUAUUGUGAUUCCUGAUGUGCCGUGUUGGCGGCUAGACAUCAUGCAUGCUAACUCAACCCGAGAGUGAAGGUCGUGGUGUACACACUGUAUAUAUCAUCAGUGAGGGCAGGGCAGAGAGCUUUGGCCCUUUAGCCGUCUGUACAUACCUAGAUUGUAUAGUAGUAGCAGAUUCAGGCCUCUGUUGGGUAUGCCAAACUCAGACAUAUUAGUUGGUCUAACAAUGUCAUUUUGAUACUAGUA